UCUGUCAGGAUCGUUCCUGCAUUGACCGAUUUCCACCGUCGAGACAUAGCAAUCUUGGAUAGUUUGAAUUGAAACGUAAUUUUUUGCUCUCAUAACAAUUAUUCAAAAAUGCCAACUGCUUACUUUAUGGAUGAUUCACCUGUGGACCCCAAAGCUGAUCAUCAUUUAGAUCCACCUCAAUUCUUAAGCAUGGAAGAUGUUAAAUCUCUGUCUGGUGUGGAAUACUGGCAGGUUGAUGUUGAUAAUAUUGAAGCUGAUAAAAAAUAUUGGAAUCUGAGGUCUGAGAGAGGAUAUAAUUAUGAAGAUCUUAUUGAAAUAUCACCUACAAUAAUGCCAGAUUUUGAUGAAAAACUUAAAAUGUUUUAUUCUGAGCAUCUGCAUGCUGAUGAAGAAAUUCGCUUAUUUUUUGGUGGACAAGGAUAUUUUGAUGUACGUGAUAAAAAUGAUAAAUGGAUUCGAAUUUUUGCUAAACGUGGGGACCUUUUAGUUUUGCCAGCUGGUAUAUAUCACAGAUUUACCCUUGAUAACACAACACAAUGCUGUGAGAUACCAUGCAGCCGCCACACUGCAAAUUCCCAGUACACAUUGGAAACAAGUUUGUAA